GGCUUUCAUCAAUCCAUUCAUUCGGACAAGCAUCAUUUACCCCUGUCAUCAAGUACCUUUAAAUAAAUUAUGGAAACGUUGACAUGCGACUACCUUAGAUUCAUUUUUGCCAUGUAUUUCGAAAAAGUAUAUUAUAUUCCAAUUGUAACAUGCCUCAUUUUGAAUAUAACAGUAGCUGUCACAUUUUGGAUGUCUAUAUCAUCGAAACACGUUACAUAUUUGUUACCAUAUAUCAGCGACACAGGAACAAUUCCGCCAGAAAGUUGUAUAUUUGGACAAAUGUUAAAUAUAAUUGCAGUUUUAUUAUGUAUCAUUAUGUACAUCAGAUAUCGCCACCUUAGGGAAUUAAUUGGAAAAUUCGACUAUUUGGAAACUCAGCAAAGAAUUAAUUACUUAACUCUCAUAAUUGGAUAUCUAGCUUGCAUUGGCUGUAGUAUUGUAGGCAAUUUUCAAGAAUUACAUGUACUUGUUAUACAUUGGGUUGGUGCUGGACUAACAUUUGGUAUGGGCUCAGUGUAUAUGAUACUUCAGGCAGUUUUAUCUUUUAAAAUAUAUCCUAAAUUAGGAACAAAAACAAGAAAUGUUAUUAAAGGCGUUCUAUCCAUUAUUGGGUUUAUAACAUUUCUUGUGUUUUUUGUUGGUGCCAUAAUAUCAUUACCUCGCUUUUCUGGCGCAGACAUUACAAAAUGGAAAAAAGAAGAUGGAUAUUUUAUUGCGCAUGAGAUAAGCUCAUUUGCUGAAUGGAUAUGUGCAGGAUGUACGUCUGCCUACAUUUUCCUUUUACACUAUGAUUUCAAAGACAUACAAUUGUCAGAACCCAUAAUUAUUAUAAACAACGCCAUAUCUUUGAAUAUAAAUAAUACAAGUAGAUUUUAG